AUGUGUGCCGGUAGGGUGCAUCUGCUAGCUAUGCCGUUGUUAGUUGGCGUGUUGCCUGCUUACCUCUGGCCUACCUCACCUCUUCCCGUGGCAUUGGAGUGGAAUACGCUGAAGACCAGCAAUUUCGCUUUUAUUCAGGCCGACUUCAAACCUCCAUCAGUGAGAGUGCCGAUCUGGCCAGCGUUUAGUUGGUGUGCCGAUUUCCGCCAACAGGAGAGGCAGGAUACAAACAGAACUGAAUUCACUAAACUUAAAUCUAUCGCCUUUUGGACUUGUCCGGAAGAAAUCGGCCUGUACAAAACUGUUUGA